AAAAUAAAAAAAAAAUUAUUUUCAAAUUAUAUUGUUUUAAUAAAAUACCAUUAAAAAAAUAUUAACAAAAGUCUGAUUUAUUCUUUGAAGAUAUGUGGGCAAGUUUAUGCAAUGCAUUUCUGGUGGAAGCAAAAUGGUUUGCUGCGGGGGAGAUCCCAAAGCCUGAGGAGUACUUGAAGAAUGGGAUCAUCAGCACAGGAGUAUAUGUGGUGCUAGUACACGUUUUCUUUCUGUUGGGUCAAGAUAUUACCAAGGAAAAUAUGGAGUUAAUAAACAACAAUCCAGGCAUAAUAUCAUCCACGGCCACAAUUCUUCGACUCUGGGAUGACUUGGGAAGUGCCAAGGAUGAGAAUCAAGAUGGCCGAGAUGGAUCUUAUGUGGAUUGCUACAUGAAGGAACAUAAAGGCAUUACAAUGGAGGAUGCACGCCAACAUGUUAUGCAAAUGAUUUCAAAGGCUUGGAAGCAGCUGAACCAGGAGUUCCUCUCUUCAAAUCCAUUUCCAUCUUCAUUUAGGAGGGCUUCCCUCAAUAUUGCAAGAAUGGUUCCCCUAGUGUACGGUUAUGAUAAAAAUUACUUAAAAAGCAUGGAGGAGUAUGUGGAAUCCAUUCUCUGUGAAAGGACCUAAACCAAAAAAAUGGCUAUUAUGUAACUUUCUAAUGGACAUCUUAAUAAUUAAGAGUUUAAAUUUUUAUAUAAGAAAUUUCAAUUCAAAUCUUAAAAUAUGUAAAGAAAACUAUAUUGAAUUUCUAAUAAAAUUGAAACUUUCAA